CUGCAAGUUUAUCGUAAUAGGCGAGGAAGGAAGUGAAUGCGAACACAAAUAUACAAAAAUACCAUUUUCAAGAGCUAGAUUUAGAAAUGCAGACAAGUACUUUAGAGGGAAGGCAAUAUUUCUGCAGCGAAUAAACUCGAAACACUGAAUAGAAUGGCUUCAAAAUACUGGCUGUGCAAUGGUUGUACACACUCCAACGAACAUAGCCGCAGGAAAUGUGUGCAAUGCGGAAAUAAGAACGGACCAAGAGAAGAUAGCGACAUGUGGUCCUGCACACAAUGCACAUUUAGCAAUGAAGAGUACAAGUCAAAAUGUUCAGCGUGUGGGGCACGAAAGGGUUCUGGUGGCGGAGGACACGGCGCGAGAGGAAGAGGAGGAGGACGCACAAAAUACGGACGAGUUACCGAUGAUGAAGUGCGCAUCGUCCUACUGGGAAAAACCGGAACAGGAAAGAGCGCCACAGGAAACACUAUCUUGAAUGGUGAUUUCUUUGAUUCAACAACAUCUGGUUCAUCUGUGACAUCUCGUUGCACCAGCAGACAUGCCCAACGCUUUGGUAGGGACAUUCAAGUUGUGGAUACACCUGGGAUAUUUGAUACCAACGCCCCAAAUGAUAGAGUUCAGAGAGAAAUUGUCAAAUGUAUUGGAAUUACGUCUCCUGGACCACACUGCUUUCUGCUUGUCCUCGGACUUUCCCGUUUUACACAAGAAGAAGAGGAGAGCAUUGAUCAUUUUGUCAAUUAUUUUGGUCAUAAAGUUUUCCGACAUUUCAUCAUUCUUUUUACAAGAAAGGAUGACCUAGAUCACCAUGGCAAGACACUGGACGAUCACAUCAAGAGUGUUCCACAAAGUCUGAAAACAAUCAUUCGGAAGUGUGAUAAUCGCUGUAUUGCCUUCAAUAACCGAGCCACAAGCCCCGAAAGACAAGAUCAAGUAGAGGACCUUCUAGAAAUGAUAGACGAUAUCGUUCGCCAAAAUCACGGAGAUUGUUACACGAAUGACAUGUACUCUGAAGCCGAAAAGGUAAUGAAACAAAGACAAUACCAAAUAGAGAAGAAAAGGGAACGACAACGUGAACGAGAAAGGAAAGAAAUAGAACAUGAAAUAGAGCAGAAGUACAAACAUCAACAAAGCGGUCACUCUAGAAAUCAAAAUGCACUAGAAAACCGAGUUGCAGAGCUGGAAUCUAAACGAGACUACUAUAAGAGUCGGUCUUCAGAACUUGACAAGGAGAUCCACGAUCUUGAAGACGAGAUAGAGUACGAAAGAAGACAGCAUGGUUCUCCUAGCUCCCAUCUUCUAAAGAAACUCAGAAACUUAGAAGACGAGCGUACUCGAUUGGGAUCCGGAAAAGAGAAGGAAAUGGAACGAGAGAUAGAAGAUCUCAGACUGGAGCUCAAGCGCAUGCACAAGCACUCUAAAAAGAUGGCAAAAGAGAAAGAUCGAAUGUACCAAGAAAGGCUGGAAGAGCAUGACCGGAAGUUUCGAGAGAUGGAGAAUGCACGUCACGAGGUAAGAGAGGAAGUAGAGAAAGGUUCCGGAGAUGUGGGAGAAGCUCUUCUUGGUGGUAUACUGAGCAUAGGAAAGCUAAUAUGGAAAGGAAUACAGAUGAUGAUUUAAUAUUUGUGUACUUUUUCUAAGAGAUGCUCUUCAACACUUCCCUGAUAUGUGUUAUCAUAGACACAGGGAAAUACAACAUAAUUUUAUUUUGGAACUGUUUAAGUUCAAUUAUUUUUCUGUAUUCCAGUGUUCAUUUUAAAAUUGUACAUGUAUAUGAACUGUACAGACUUCUGGUUAAAGCAUGUUUAAACAUGUUUAUCGUAGCAAUCUCAAGGGCGUGGUAGGAGAGGUCGGGAUAGAGGAAGAACGCCACGUGGAGGCCAUACUAACCACUGAAUUCGACCUUGUUAGAUCAACUUGUUGACUUACAGUCUUUUUUUUCAUUUUAUUGCUUAAAAUACGAAAUCAAAGUGGGAACAAAUUAAACAUUAACUUUCAUAGAUAUUUUGUCGCUUUCUUAGCCAGUCAAAUCAACAUUUGUAUAUAUUUAAAACUUCACAU